GACAGAGGGCCAAAGACGUCCAAGCCAGCUCCUCCACAUUUUCUCACCUCCCAAACAGAAAAAGGCAAACCUCUCUGAAUAAUUCCAGAUAAUCUUCAUCUUCUUCCUUUGUUUGUAACCGGAGAAAUUCAAUCAGCCUGGAUAAGUGUCUCCAGAUUCCUUCCCCGACAUUGACGGUGAUAUCGGAAAUAAGCUGAUUUCUUCGUCUGUUGGUUUCGAUUUCCGACGAUCAGAAUUCCACGUUCUCCUGUUCGUCAUCUUCCUCGAUCGUUUUCGGGAACCUCUCGUUGUGAUCAAUCGGUUUUCUGAAACCCUAAGAUUCACCAGAGUUGAUCGAUUCUGCCGCGUUUCGUCGGUUGGAUUCAAUGGCGGCUUUGACUGAAAAUAACACAGAAUUCUCGGGGAAGACGAAAUCGACGACCGCGCCGUCAACGUUCUUAAACAGGUCGCUUACGAUUCACGGGAGGCCGAUGGAGUCAAACCCUAAAUCUCACCACCACCCUAAUCCGUCUCUCAAUCGUACCACGUCCAUUGCCAAAUUCUACAGCCCAAUGGAAUCGAUGGGGAAUUCUCUCAAAGGAAAGGUCAAGAGCCUCUGUAGAUUAUUCGAAGGCUCAAGAUUCUCGAAAUCGGGCUCAACAGAGUCACAGUCGAUGCUCGCAAAGACGAAAUCGGGAAAAAUGCAGGUACCCGAUUCACGAACUUCCCCAUUUUCGAGUUUAAACAGAUCGUUGAUCUGUCUCUCGGGAACAGAGGAUAGGAUUGUGGUGUAUUUCACUAGUUUACGAGGAAUUAGGCGGACGUAUGAGGAUUGUUAUGCUGUACGGAUGAUCUUUAGAGGAUUUAGGGUUCGGGUAGAUGAACGUGAUGUCUCGAUGGAUUCUGCAUAUAGGAAAGAGUUGCAGAACGUGUUGGGCGAGAAGAAUGUGACAUUGCCUCAGGUAUUCAUCAGAGGGAAGUAUGUGGGUGGUGCUGAUGUGAUCAAGAGCUUGUUUGAGAUCGGAGAACUCGCCAAGAUCCUCGAAGGGUUCCCGGUUAGACAACCUGGGUUCGUGUGUCAAAGUUGCGGGGACGUGAGAUUCAUGCCGUGCUUGAAUUGUAGCGGGAGCAAGAAAGUGUUUGAUGAGGAUGAAGAUACGCUCAAGAGAUGUCCAGAAUGCAAUGAGAACGGCUUGAUACGGUGCCCGGAUUGCUACACUUGACGAAUCAAUCCAGGAAAAGAACCCUAAAAAUGGAAAAGAAGAAAAAAAAAGAGGUGUUUUCUCUUUAGACGAUUUGUUCUAUUGUUGUCUGCAACUGUGUAGCUUACCUGCAACGCUGGAAUCCAAACUGCUCUAUUGGAUCCGCAGCGGCUUUUCAGUCGUUGUGAUCAUCGGUAUGGGACCUUUGAUGAUCACAUGCUUAGCUUCUUUUUUAGUUUUGGCUACAAGUAUGGAAAUCAGAAUGCCGAAAAGGGUUAGUAAGCAUUUUGGUUGUCUCGUGUCUAUAUUGUGAAAGUCAAACUGGGUUCUUUCGGUAUUUGAUUUGUAAAUAUUAGUGUGGUUAAUGAACUUGCUACUAAUAUGGAUUAAUGGUGUUAAGAAAUUGAAUUGAGUCUAUUUUGAUGCCCA